GAGCCGGAGGAGACGUAGCGCGGGCGGGCGGUCCCCACUGUGGCCCUGCUUCCGGACGGCGGCCUGGUCACAAUGGCGGGUCUGGACAUCGGACUCACGGUGCCGGUGUGGCUGGCCGAGGACGACCUGGGCUGCAUCAUCUGUCAGGGCCUGCUCGCCUGGCCCGUUACGCUGCCCUGCGGCCACAGCUUCUGUCGGGACUGCUUGAAGGACCUGUGGGGCGCAGGGCGCCACUGGUCCUGCCCCACUUGCCGCGAGGGCUCCGAGCAGCAGCUGGAGCUGCGGAAGAACACGCUGCUGCAGGACCUGGCGGACAAGUACAGCCGGGCGGUGGGCGAGCUGGAGGGCGGCCCGGGCCCGACCCGGAGCCCCGGCCCCUCCCCGCGACCCGCGCGCCGCACCGGGCUGCAGAAGGCGGCGGUACGGAAGAGCACCCCAGAAGUUGGUCACGAGCUGGCAGAACUGGUGGAACAGCUUGUAGACAUUGUCAGGAGCCUUCAGAGUCAGAGACACCUCCCAGAAUCUGGACCAGACAAUAAACUGCACAUCCUGGGCAUGGCUUUUUCUGGUGGGAUGGACCUUUCAUUGGAUUCUCCAAAGCUAGGGACUUCCAACACACCUGAGGGAAAAAUGAGAGACAUUCUGCGUGACCUAGAAGAAAUCCGGAAAAAAUUACGAGAAAACUUCACAGGGAAAGAGCCCCUUGAAGAACAAAGGCAGGUUAAACUCCCGGAUGCUUUGUCUUCCUCCUCAUGCCCAAUGCCUGACCAGAGCAACCCUACACCCAAGAGGUCCUCUCAAUGGGCCAUCAGUCCAACCUUUGACCUGAGGAGCCUCUCCUGUAGCUUGGAGGUAUCUGAGAACUGCCAGACGGUGACUGUAUCUCACUUUCCACAGCUGUAUCCCUGGAGUCAUGAGAGGUUUGCAACCUGCCAGGUCUUAGGUUCCCAGGCUUUCUCUUCUGGGAAGAAGUACUGGGAAGUGGACACUCAGUACUGCAGUCACUGGGCAAUUGGCGUGGCUUCCUGGGGGAUGAGCCGUGACCAGAUCCUGGGAAGGACCAGGGACUCCUGGUGUGUAGAGUGGAAGGGGACUAGCCAGCUAUCUGCGUGGAACAUGGUCAAGGAAACUGUCCUUGGCUCAGACAGACCUAGGGUGGUGGGCAUCUGGCUGGACCUUGAUCAGGGGAAGCUUGCCUUCUAUUCAGUGGCCAAUCAGGAGAAGCUUCUGUAUGAGUGCCCAGUCUCUGCCUCCUCUGCCCUGCACCCUGCCUUCUGGCUGUAUGGCUUACAUCCUGGAAACUCUCUGACUAUAAGGCCAAUAAAGGUGUAAAGGUUCCUCA